AUGGCCAGACUAUUCACCCAGGAUCAGAUAUCGCGGCCCAGCCAACGCCCCGACUCCCGUUGGUGUACCAGACAAGAAAAUGCCUCGUUCUUUACACAACCGCCCCUUGGGAUUGCACAAACCCUCGAGAAGGAUUAUCUCUUCUACCUGAAGAACAUUAGCGGCAAGAGCAAUGAUGAUGUUCUCCAUGACAUUAGCGAUAUACUGGGCAGCAAUCUCGUAUUCGUCACAAACGCUCAUAAAAGCAACAACAGUAACGCACUGCGGUCCGUUAUCCUUGGAAAUCAGGAUGCAGCUGACCUAAUGCUGGACUUUGACGCUACCAUCACCAUCGGGAAAAGGCUACAAGCAAGGUUCGACCCGUGCGACGCCGAUACAGAUUGGAUUGCGGACCUUUAUGAAGAGUUCUACGGUGCCGAUUUGACGGGCAUACCACUGUCCACACAACUGCCGGCCUCUGUCGUCCCGACACCUUUCACCGGCGUUUUUCCUCCAAUGGCUCCUGGAGGCCUAGCGCCUACACCGCUGGUUACCACCCCGAACAAUAGAGUUGCCGCCCAGGCCAUCGAUACGAUCGAUGGAGAGGAUGACGAUCUCAUCGAGAGUCCGCCGCGGCGGAGGGCGCAGAAUGACAGGACACGUCAGACCGUUCGAGUUCAGAUGAGGUGA